AUGGGCAAGAAGUCUAAAUCCCAGUCCAAGGCUGAUACCCAGACCCCUGCUGCCUCUGAAGGACUUCCUUUGAUUGGUAGCAGCUCUCUGGACCCAACUUUGUCUUCCCUCUUUACCCAAAGUGCUGGACCUGUCAAAGCCCCCGCCGUUCAAUAUGUAAAUGUUCCUUCCAAAUCGACCAAAAAGGUAGAGGAAGAGCAACAAGAAGAAGAAGAUGACGAGGAACUUUCAGAGGCUGGUUCAGAUGAAUUGAUGGAUGAUGCUCCUGAAGACAGCGACUCUGAAUCUGCUGAGGAACCCGCCGCCGAGACCCAGAGCCGUAAGCGCAAGCGAGGUGCCGCUGGGGAAGAAGUGGAGGAGACAUACAUGCGUCGCAUUGCUAAGGAAGAAGAAAGGGAAGAUGAGAAGCGGAAGGCUGAGCGUGCUAAGCGCCAAAAGUCGACCGGCGAGGAAGAAGCCGACGCCGACGCCGAUUCGUCUGAAGAGAAGGACUCAGAAGCCGAGGACAGUGACGAGGAAGACGAUGCGCCUGUUCCUGUUCACGAGAGUGUAUCAGGCACCCAAAAAGCUAGCGACGUCGAGAAGUCAAGCCGUACGGUCUUUUUGGGUAAUGUUUCCAACCAGGCCAUCAAAUCUAAGACCGCCAAGAAGACCCUUCUUCGUCACCUAGCCUCUUUCUGCUCCGCUCUGCCUGAAUCGACUGGCCCACACAAGGUUGAGUCGAUUCGAUUCCGUUCUGUUGCCUUUGCUAGCGGUGGUGGAAUCCCUAAGCGUGCCUCUUUUGCUCGUCGUGAGAUUCUGGAUGAGACUACUGCUAGUACCAACGCCUACGCCGUCUACUCUACUGUCCAGGCUGCUCGCAAGGCCCCAGCGGCCCUGAAUGGAACCAUCGUUCUGGACCGUCACCUUCGUGUUGACAGCGUUGCUCACCCUGCUGCUAUUGACAACAAGCGCUGUAUCUUUGUCGGUAACCUGGACUUUGUUGACCAAGAAGGCCAAACGGAGGAUGAGAAUGGAAAGAAGAAGAAGGUCAGAGCCGCUGCUGAUGUUGAGGAGGGCCUCUGGCGCACUUUCAAUGAGCAUACCGGAGAUACCAAGGACAAGAAGUCUGUCAAGAAGAACGUUGAGUUUGUUCGUGUGAUCCGUGACCAGUCUACCCGCGUUGGCAAGGGAUUUGCUUACGUCCAAUUCUAUGACGGCAAUGGCGUUGAGCAGGCUUUGCUGCUCAAUGAGAAGAAGUUUCCGCCCAUGUUGCCCCGCAAGUUGCGUGUCACUCGUGCUAGAAAGAUCGCUAAGAAGCAGGAGAGUGGUGGAAGGGAUUCAAAAUUGGCUGAAGCCCAGAAGACACUGCAAGGUCGUGCUGGUAAGCUUCUUGGUCGGGCCGGUGCCCAUAAGGUCAAGGAGGAUGCCAAGAAUACCAUUGCUGGAAACUCGCUUGUGUUUGAGGGUCACCGUGCUACUGAGAAGGAUAACUCAGGUCUAAGGAAGCAGAAGAGCCGUGGCUCCAAGGGCAGCAAGGCUAAGAAAAAUGCCCGUAGCGUCAAGCGAGCGGCUGCAUACAAGGCUGCUGGUGGACAAAGGCCGUGA